AUGGAAAGCGAUGGUGAAAAUGCUGUUGUGAAAGGGCGGUCAAUGAGACGAAGCAAAAUUGGCCAACAGAAUGAAAGGAGUACCAAUGAGGAAAAUAUUGAUGGCACCUCGGGCAUCGAUGGCACGACAACGGAAAACAAUUCCAUGGAUGUCGAUAUAAAUGCGAAGGCCAGAGCCGUUCUCGACAACAGACAGUUAUCAAGCACCCCAAAUUCGUCGACACCAAGAAGAAGGAAGGACCCUUUGGCAAACCUUCAUUCUAAUCUCAGUCCAAAAUAUAUUGGCUUUGUUGCCACGACCUCUAAUUUGGAUAACAACACCGAAGAUAGAAGCCGGAAAACGAGAAGGCGUCACAAUCAAAGCAACAACGGUCAAGAUUUAUCUUUAUCGAAGGACACGCCCGAUAUGGAUGAUGACAUUAGUGGCGGUAAAUUGUUUGGUGUGCAUGAUACAUCGGUAGGAUAUGUGCGAAGAAUAACAAGAGAACCCACCAAUUCGCCAGAAAAUAGAAAUGGCCGGAGAAAAGAGUUUGUCAGUCCUAUUGACAAAUUGUUAAGAAAAAAUAGGUCUAUGGUAGAAGCUGAUAAACUCGUUGGAGAUGAUCCAUGGGCUGAAAAAGAAAAACUGCUUAAGAAUCAUUCGUUUCCAGAUGAAAAACACAUUUUUCGCGAUGAAAUAUUUGUGAAUAACAAUCACAAUCAUGUGUAUGACAAAAAUGAGGCUGAUGCUAACAAUGAAUGUGGAAAAGGUAUGAAAAAACACCAAAAUGAAUAUCACACAGAUGGCAAUGCCAAUGGCUAUAAUUCGGGCCAACUAAGUGAAUCUGAAAAAGAUAUGUCUAGUGAAAAUGAAAACAAUUCUCAGGGAAAUUCAGACAGUCAAGGCAAGAACAAUGAUACCAAAACUGAAAUAUAUAACUCGGAUGCAGUUGAUACACCAAGCCCUGUAAAAUUGGUCAAAUCUACAGAUUCUAUACGUAGAAAGGACAGGGACAAAAGUAUAGAUACAGCCAAUGACAAAUUGUCUGAGAAUGGCGAAGAAAAACAAUCUGAAUGUGAAAAUGCCUUUGACGAGGAAAUUGAUGAACGUUGCCCUAAAAUUUCAAAUGAUAAUUUGGUUAAACAAAAUCUAAUGGAAACCAAAUGCAACGAUAUUGAUGAGAAUGCAAACGAAAAGCAUAUGGCAACAACCCCAACACCUGAACAAGAUGCUUCUAAUACAAUUGAAGUAGGUAAUACAACAGAAGGGCAUGAUGAUGAUGCGAUUGCUGAAAAUGAAUACAAAUCCGAAGAUGCUAGAGACAUGGUGGAUGGAGUCGGGGAGGUGGAUGCUAACACCGACUUUGUCCAUACCUCAUCAGCCAAAUCACCAUCCACGAUUAGCAUGGACAGUGCCAAGGGCUCGUCAAUAUUGAACGAAGGAACAUGGAUGUCAUUUUCUACUGGCGACCUAUUCUGGGGACAAAUAUAUAACUAUUGCUAUUGGCCCUGUAUGGUUUGUCCUGACCCUGAAGGCAAAACGAUAACUGCAAAAGAAAACGUGACCUCUAGCGAUCAACAUGUACUGGUGCAUGUUCGCUUUUUUGCUGACAACGCUCGUCGAAAUUGGGUAAAAAGAGAAAACCUUAUGCCGUUCACCACUCUGGAACAGUAUCAGGAACGUUUAGAUGACUGUCGCCAGAAGUAUGGAACCAAAAGUGCAAAGUUUAAGCAGUUUGUGCCCAAAAAGAAUAAAGUGGCAGUUUGGUAUGAAGCGGUGAAUGAGGCAAAUAUGGUAGCAGCCGUACCAUAUGAAGAUCGUUUGGAGAAGUUUUAUGAAAUAUUUGAUAAAUCUAAAUUAUCGCAAAAAAAUAAACAACAACGUCGAAAAUCCAUGUACAUACCGGCAUCUAAAAAUUUAACUGCAUCGGAUGCGGAAAGUUUAUAUGGAUCACAUGAGAAUAUUAACAAUUUAUCGGCUCCAGUCACUGCAGGCAAACGUGAGCGGUCGACUUCGCCAUUUAGUCCGGCAUAUUCUCCCAUUAAGCAUUUAUCUGUGAAAAAACGUAAAUUAAGUGCAGACCUAGCAGUGUCAACGGAUACCGAAACUAUUAGCAGUAGUGACACAAUUGAAAUAUCGAGUGGUGACCAAAAAAUGUCUAAUAACGAUCAACAGUCGGUUGCGAGAAAAUCUUUGGAUGAUUUUAAUCUUUUUCAUAGUAAAGCCUUUCAAGAUUUCUAUGUGGCUAUGAAGGAUUUUGUACUACAAGACAAUACUGAUGAGAACUUGGACAAAAGCUUACUGGUAGCUGUGCGUAACAUUUGGGCACUUAAGCAGUUAAGUCACCAACAAAUGCAAUGCAAACUAAGCCUUACGACUAACGAAUUGGAUACGAGUACAAAUAAUGCUCACGAUACCGAGCCCGGAGGUGUUAAACGCCUUUCGAGUCGUUUGCGAACACUUAUGAUGCGAAAGUCUAUGCUCUCGCAGCGUUCGUCCAUUGAUUUGACCAAUGAAACCCAGACGGUUGCAAAAGUAUCGCAGCCGAAGGAUACCUUGAUCGAAAAACCCAAGAAAAUGGUUAAUCGUCCAAUUUUAGAGGUCAUAGAUGAUAUUUUCGAACUGGAUAACAAAUAUCUGUUCAAAGGCUUGGGUCGAGAUCCUGUGUGCAAGUACUGCUUCAAACCCGGUGGAAGUUUGAGACGGUGUACUGGCCGAUGCCAUGGCUGGCUACACCCUGAAUGCCUGCACAUAAAUUUCUCAGAAAACGGCAAAGUUAGGAAAUGGCACAAGCGCGGCAUUUCCGCAAUAAAAUCAGUGAACGAUUCUAACCUUGAAGCUAGCAAAAGUAACAGCUCUUCCACUACUGAUUUAGCCUCUAUCGAGCCGAGUCCCGAAUCAUCUAGCGCGGUUCCUCACAUAACUGCUGAAACUGAAGUUGAAGUGACAUGCCGAGAGUGUGCCAAUAAUGAGCCCACGAAAUGUAUGGUGUGUAAGCUGACGGACUCCGCUAAAGUAGAUGAUCCGCUAGUCAAAUGUACAAUGGGUCAGUGUGAUCGGGCGUUCCAUCCCGCCUGUUGCAAAUAUUGGCCCCAAUCCAAAAUAACCAUAUCGAAAAAUCGAAUACAAUCGUUCCGCUGUCCUUCGCACGUUUGUCACACCUGCGUGUCAGAUGAUCCCAAAGGAAAAUUCCAACAAUUAAGCAACGCCAAAAUUACCAAAUGUGUCAAAUGUCCCGCCACUUAUCACACAGAUUCCACAUGUAUUCCGGCAGGAUCACAAAUUCUAACUGCGGCCCAUAUAAUAUGUCCACGACAUUCCAGCACGAAGCAUGACCAGACUCUUAAUGUGAAUUGGUGUUUUAUUUGCGUUCGUGGAGGCCAGGUGGUAUGUUGCGAGACGUGUCCCACUGCAGUACACGCCCAAUGCCUAAAAAUUCCCAUCGAUCCCAACGAGGGCUACAUAUGUGAAGAAUGUGAGUCAGGACGAAUGCCCCUCUAUGGCGAAAUGGUGUGGGCCAAGUUCACCCAUUUCCGAUGGUGGCCUGCUAUUAUCUUACCCCCAACUGAGAUACCUACAAACAUAGCGAAAAAGAAUCACAAUCCAUCUGAUUUUGUUGUUAGAUUCUUUGGCACCCAUGAUCAUGGUUGGAUUUCUAGACGGAGGGUAUAUCUGUAUUUGGAGGGAGACUCGUCGGAACCGCCCAAAACGAAAGCAGCAAUCGAUAAGUACUAUAAUGAAGGAAUAGUAGAAGCCAAAAAAAUCUAUGAAAUUGUAAAAGCCAAAAAGCAACAACAACGUAUGUCGAAUGAAAAUAAAGAGCGGUUGCACCCUCAACCUUACACACGAAUUAAAGCGAAUCGUCCCGUUCCACCAGUUAAACUUCACAUUGAUAUCGAAAGUGUAAGUAAAUGCGAAUGUGAUCCCAACGAAGAGAAUCCGUGUGGUCCGGAAAGCAAUUGUCUUAAUAGGGUCUUGUAUCACGAAUGCAAUCCUAAAGUGUGUCCGGCAGGAGAACGUUGUCAAAAUCAAAUGUUUGAGACUCGAAAGUCCCCGCAAUUGGAUGUAAUUUACAUGAAGGAACGUGGUUUUGGUCUCAUAACCCGCGAACCAAUCAAAUCCGGCACUUUUGUUAUCGAAUAUGUGGGAGAAGUAAUCAACGACGAUGAGUUUCGGGCGCGAAUGGCUCAGAAGUCAUUGGAUCGCGACGAGAAUUUCUACUUUCUGUCCGUGGAGAAGGAUUAUAUUAUCGAUGCUGGACCUAAGGGUAAUUUGGCUCGUUUCAUGAAUCACUCUUGCGAUCCCAACUGUGAGACACAAAAGUGGUCAGUGAAUUCCUUAAAUCGGGUAGGCUUAUUUGCCAUCAAAGAUAUACCAGAGAAUACUGAAUUGACAUUCAACUACCAUUGGGAUGAUUUGCUGGGCAACGAAAAGAAGACUUGUUAUUGUGGUUCCAAAAAUUGCGUGGGUCAGAUUGGAGGCAAGAAAAAGGAUAUGGAUAACAAGGAAACGUCGCCCAGUUCCGAUGAUCCCAAACCUAAAAGUACAAAGGGGAGGAAGAAAUCAAAGGUGAAGCCAUUGAAGAAGGGACUACAUGCAAAACCAGUAGGCGUAGUAAAACGUAAACCCGCAACGAAGUUGAAAAUUAAUGCGUCGACCAAGUACAAAUCGAAUAAGAUGGCAGCAGCAGCGGCUGUUGCAGCCACAUUGAGUAAAAAACAAUUGAGUCCAGGCGAAAAUAACAUCACAGCCGACAACGAGGAAGAGGAGGCAGUCAGCAAUAUUUAUACAAAGACCGAUGUCGAUAUGUCUUAA